AUGUCGCAAAUAGACAAUUGCACAAAACAGCCACCUCAGUCCUCCUCCCACACAAACACAAUACCUUCUUCCUAUGACAACGUUUUCCGGAAAUUCCACAAUCACACGCUGAGCGAUUCUACCAACACCGUCGGCUCAAACGACUCAUCACCUACGACCACAAUAUCUACUGUUGACGACUCGAGCGCGACAGAAGCUUCACCUGGCUCCUCUCCAGAAUCGCCACCGCCCACCACAUUCGCUGUCGGAAUGCUUCGGCCGCGGACCGCCAAUGAUCGAAGCACGCCUUUCUUCGAAUUGCAGAAGCAACCCCCGCCAAGAAAAGGCCGCAACCUGAAAGGUCUGGCUGUGAACACCACAAGACAAACGGCGACAGCGAAGGGCGCCUCUGCAUCAACGACAAGCCUGCCACUUCGGAUUCAGGCCGACGAUGCAUCCAGCAUACUCUCACCCUCAUUUGUGAAGCCACCUACCCCUUCACGGAGAAAGCCCAGCAAUUUGGGACUGACCAUAUUGACUCCUGGUGGAGCCAAACCUCCGCCACAGCUCGUUCGUCUGACAAUACCUGGAGCACCACCACCAACYCCUGGUUUCCAAAGGCCUACUUUGAGACACUUCCAAUCAUCUCCUUCAUUACCUCUAGUGUCUGGUCUUGGAUUGCAGAGUAGCAGAAGUUAUCAGCAACAGCGAGCUCUCGACACGAUCUUCUCGCCCGUGGAAGUACAGCCGUCACCUCAAAUUGAUGAGGAGGAAGAGGAAGAACAGAACUUUGACAUUCCUCUCUCGCGGGAAGAAAAGCCAGAGGCAUAUCCUGACGGACCGAUCUGCGUUUACGAUCCCAAGAUUGACCUUUACCUGGAGCCUACCGCCGAGCAGGCCAGGCAGUACGAUGUGAUUAUGAAUGUGGCAAGUGAGGUUCGCAACCCAUUUGUCGUUCACAACGAGCCAGUUCCGGUCGAACCUGACCUUCGACUGGACGGUGGGGGUGGGAUUCAGUACGCACCGAAACGCGAUCGUCUUGGUGUGCAAACUACCGAGGCGAAUGAUGCAUCACCAACAACCCCCAGGGCAACUCCCAUUGAGCCUAUCUUUCCCCCCGCCGCGCAAUCAAAUUCCACGAUGACCAAAGAACCGGAGUACAUUCAUAUACCCUGGGAGCACAACAGCGAUAUUGUGCCGGAUCUCUUCCGGCUGGUAAAGGUCAUCGAUGAGAAGGUGAAUGAAGGCAAGAGCAUACUCGUGCAUUGCCAAUGCGGAGUCAGUCGGUCAGCCAGUCUUGUGGUUGCUUAUGGCAUCUACAAGAACCCGGACAUGAGCGUGCAGGAAGCUUACGACGCUGUCRAGAAGCGGAGUAAGUGGAUAGGGCCGAACAUGAACUUGAUCAUGCAGCUUCAAGAGUUCCGGUCAAGUCUUUCCCGUGGUGGCAUUCUUGGAGAUAGAACUCUGAGCCCGCUUACCCCAGGAUCUGCAUUGAGUGAGUGGAAAGGUCCGUUCUCUAGCAAUCCCACGCCGAUGCCGAUGCGGGAGGUUCCCAUGUCAGCUGUUGUCGCCCCUGCGAAUCGUGCUGUGACGGACGAGAUGCCCGCCGUCAGUCCCGGUCCUGCCUCUGCGCCGCUGGCGCCAUGGGCAGUCAAUGGCAAAGGAGUGAGCUCACGAAAUCGCGCAAUCAGCGCGGUGAAGCCAGCAACAGCCUAUGUGGAUCCCUCAGGGCAUGUUGUCGUGCCUGUACUAAAAGUCAUCACGGCAGACACUGCCUUUGCACGAACACCGGCCAUGAGACCUAUCCAGACAGAGGAGAUGCCGUCCGCGGAGCCACCAUUGAACUCACCUCGUUCUGACCACUUCGCCAUGAUCCCACUCCAGCCUCCCGCAGAGGUCGAUCCAGCAGACAGCUUUGGACUCAUGUCUCCGACCUCUACGGAAUUCUCUUCCUCACCCUUCGACAGGUCCACACUCUUGGCUUCCUUAGGGAUGGGCUCCAUGGGUGGAGGCCAAGAAGACGCUCCGAGGCAAAGGAAUUCUCUUUCCCUGCGUCGCCGAGCAAAUUCUUCGCAGGUAAACAGUCAGCAAAGGGAACUACAUCCAGGAGGAGAAUCGAGGCUCGCAAAGAAGAUUUCCUCACCGAGCUUACGCGAACAGCGACAACUUCAGACCUUGCAGGCCAAGAUUGAAGCGAGUCUACCCACGCGGCAGUUCGAACAGCCAGUGUCAAGCGAUCUGGAUACGUUGAUGUCGCCAAGGGCCACGGAGUUCACGGAAAAUCCGUUUGCACUUCCUCCUGUUGGUUUGGCUUCUACCACGGCAACGGCGGAGACCACAUGUCCUGCUGCGGAUCCAAGAAGCCCGGCGCUAAAGGGCGCGAACCCUAUUAYGAGAAGUAUCCUGGAUGUGCUGUGA